UUCCUGUCUUGUGUGUGUGUGACAAAGUGUGUUUGGAAGAAAAUGUCAGUGUAGCUCUGAGACCCUGAACAGAACACACACUCUUCUUGUCACAUCACAACUGCCAAUCAGACGGAGGGGAGGCGUCAACGAAGGUUAAAUAGAAAUAUUUUGGCCUGUAAGUGAACACAUCCGCUGCACGACUUUGAAGAGGAACGAUAAAGAAGUUUGCUCAUAAGAUCAUCCUUCAUCUUCUCUGGCUCUGCCCUGAGGACAGAAUGAUGUUGUGUUGGAUACUCAUAUCACUGUUUGUUGGAUUUCUUAGCGCACAAGAAAGACCCAUCGUAAUUUAUGCUCAAACAGGAGGGACUGUUACCCUACAGAGAGUGAAGAUAGAAGGAAAUGAAAAUAAUAUUUAUGUGAACUGGUACCGUGGGUCAGAAAGUACCCCAACUAUCACGAAGAAUCCUCAGAGUGGGAUCCAAAAGGCGAAAGAAAUGAAGACACAUGCUGAACUGUUGUCAGAUUUCUCUCUCCAAAUCUCACCAGUACAAUAUUCAGAUUAUGAAAUUUGGCGCUGUGUACAACAUAUAUUUGCACAAACUUCAGAAAAGACCUACAAACUGUACAAUGUCACUAUACCCAAAGUGCCGGCUGUGGUGGUUGGUGAAUCUCUGACUCUGCAAUGUCAAAUAGCCUCUAGUCCACUUAAACCCAAAGUAACAUGGAUUCCACCUCAAAACUCAGGUUGUGAUCUAAGAAAACAUUACACAGAGAAAGUUACCAUCGGUGAAGUGUCUAAGUGUCAUAGUGGUGUUUGGACGUGCAAGUUGGAGUAUGAUAAGAGAGAAACUGAAGCAAAAACAACUGUUUUUAUAAUAGAGCUCUCCAAUUCUGCAGAAACCAUUUAUACCUCGUCCCCGUCCUCGGCCUCUACAGUUGCCAUUCCUUGUUCCUUGUCUUCUGACAUUCCCUGGUCGAUCUUGAAAGAGUCUGGCCUCAUGAAUGGCAGCUGGAGCUUCACUCCUCUCAGCGGCGCUAAGUCAACACAAUCUCUCCUCAACCUCACUAUGGAACCGGUGGUCAGUUGGAGCAUCCCACAGGGCGCAAAUAAUACCGUCAAGGCUGAGGGAAGACAGUUGAAAGACAAGGAUCUAUCCAUUCUUAAUCUGCCUGUAUCAGAGAACGUCAGGGGGGUUUACACAUGCAAUCUAAAAAUUAAGACCAGGACCCUUAGCAGCAAAGUCAAGCUGGAGGUUCUGAAGCUUUCGUCUUCUGGAGGACCUCAAAUAUUUGAAGGCCAAACUGUGAAUCUGACAUGCACACUAGGACAUCAACAUAGCCCUUACCUCGAGGUGAAAUGGAGCUGCUCGUCUUGCUCCUUUGUUUCCAGUCUCAAGUCUCCUCAUCCAACUUCUCUUUCCAUCCCUGAAGUGAAAUUGAAGGACGGCGGGAAAUGGACAUGUGAACUCUUGCAAAAUGGGAAGAAGCUGACAUCUGCUGUGCUUUCAUUAAGGAUUGUGAAAGCUCCCGUGGACAUCUGGCUUUGUGUUGCCAUCAGCGGUGGAGUGGUGGGCUUCAUCUUGCUCCUUGUGGUCAUCAUUAUAUGCAUUCGCAGACACAGACAGAUGAUGAUGUACAGACGACGCAAAACCAAAUUCUGCUGCUGCAAUAAUCCCCAGCAGAAUCAAAAGGGAUUCUACAAGACGUGAAGAUCCUCUCUUGUCAGAAUUUACUGUCAUCAUUGUGCAGAUGAUACUGGAAUUUCUUUAUAAUUGUGUCAAAUACUUUCAUAGCCACUUUAUUCUUGAACAUGCUUGAUCACAAACUAUGUUAUAUGCAACUCAAACAUUAUGCUGUAUCUUUUUCAGUGUAUUUAACAUGAUGUCUUUUGCUUCAAGGAUAAAUGUGUUAACAGGAUAAAACUCAGUGGCUAUUGCAAUUGCAAUUGCACAGUCAUUAUAUCUGUAAAUUUUUAUUACAAUUGCCCAAAGUUGCUCUUUAUAUUGUUUGUAUGUUUUUAUCCACUCCUGCUUACUUACCUGAUCUUUUGAAAGCUCUUUUGCAUUUGUAAAUUAACAUUUUUGUUUGUUUGUUUUUUUCUUAAUUUCAGAAAACAGCACCUGAAAAUAUUGAUGUAAAAUAAAUUAGAUGAAA